CCAACCUCGGCGCGUCCCGAACACCGAGCGGAGCUCUCCGACCUGGCCCCCCGCUCCCGCCGCGCUCGCCGCCGUCUCCUCCUCCGGAGUCUGUCGCAGCUGCUAAGUCCCCGCUGGCGGAGCAGCGGCGGUCCCCGAGUCAACUUUCAGCCCCCCCCUUGGUUCCUGCCUCGCCAUUCUCAUCUCCUCGAAAGAUGGCUGUUUGGAGAAGGGGAAGAAGUUAGGGGGUCGCCGGCGCGGGGCGAAGGAGGGCGCGACAGCCUCAGCAGGAGCGGGCGGAGGUUUCUCCUCCACCAGGCCCCUGGGGACCGACGUUGCCAGCUGAAGGAAGGCUGUGAACCCGCAUCCCACCCAUCAGUCCGACUGACUCCCGUGAUGAGCUCACCAGUGCAGCCCGAUGGGGUGGCUGGACGAGAGCAGCUCUUGGCUCAGCAGAGAAUGCACAGUAUGAUCAGCUCAGUGGAUGUAAAGUCAGAGGCUCCUGUGGGCCUGGAGCCCAUCUCUCCUCUAGACCUAAGGACGGACCUCAGGAUGAUGAUGCCCGUGGUGGACCCUGUUGUCCGUGAGAAGCAGCUGCAGCAGGAGUUGCUCCUCAUCCAGCAGCAGCAGCAGAUCCAGAAGCAGCUCCUGAUUGCAGAGUUCCAGAAACAGCACGAGAACUUGACACGGCAGCACCAGGCUCAGCUUCAGGAGCACAUCAAGUUGCAACAGGAACUUCUAGCCAUAAAACAGCAGCAAGAACUCCUAGAAAAGGAGCAGAAACUGGAGCAGCAGAGGCAAGAACAGGAAGUAGAGAGGCAUCGCCGAGAACAGCAGCUUCCUGCUCUCAGAGGCAAAGACAGAGGACGAGAAAGGGCAGUGGCAAGUACAGAAGUAAAGCAGAAGCUUCAAGAAUUCCUUUUGAGUAAAUCAGCAACGAAAGACACUCCAACUAAUGGAAAAAAUCAUUCCGUGAGCCGCCAUCCCAAGCUCUGGUACACGGCUGCCCACCAUACGUCAUUGGAUCAAAGCUCUCCACCCCUGAGUGGAACAUCUCCAUCCUACAAAUACACAUUACCAGGAGCACAAGAUGCAAAGGAUGACUUCCCCCUUCGGAAAACUGCCUCUGAGCCCAACUUGAAGGUGCGGUCCAGGUUAAAACAGAAAGUGGCAGAGAGGAGAAGCAGCCCCUUACUCAGGCGGAAGGAUGGAAAUGUUGUCACUUCAUUCAAGAAGCGAGUGUUUGAGGUGACAGAAUCCUCUGUCAGCAGCGGUUCUCCAGGGUCUGGUCCCAGUUCCCCGAACAAUGGGCCAGCUGGAAAUGUUACUGAAAAUGAGACUUCGGUUUUGCCACAGACUCCUCAUCCUGAGCACAUGGUUUCACAGCAGCGCAUCCUAAUUCACGAAGAGUCCAUGAACUUGCUGAGUCUGUAUACCUCUCCCUCUCUCCCCAACAUCACCCUGGGGCUCCCGGCAGUGCCCACCCCGCUCAGUGCUUCGAACUCACUCAAAGAGAAACAGAAGUGUGAGACCCAGCCGCUUAGGCAAGGCGUUCCUCUGCCUGGGCAGUUCGGGGGCACCCUCCCGCCGUCUUCGAGCCAUCCCCACGUCGCCUUAGAGGGAAAGCCCAACAGCAGCCACCAAGCUCUCCUGCAGCAUUUACUACUGAAAGAACAAAUGCGACAGCAGAAGCUCCUUGUGGCAGGUGGGGUUCCCUUACAUCCUCAGUCUCCCUUGGCAACAAAAGAGAGAAUCUCACCUGGCAUCAGAGGUACCCACAAAUUACCCCGUCACAGGCCCUUGAAUCGAACCCAGUCUGCACCUUUGCCUCAGAGCACGUUGGCUCAGCUGGUCAUUCAACAGCAACACCAGCAAUUCUUGGAGAAGCAGAAGCAAUACCAGCAACAGAUCCACAUGAACAAACUGCUUUCGAAAUCUAUUGAACAACUGAAGCAACCAGGCAGUCACCUGGAGGAAGCAGAGGAAGAGCUUCAGGGGGACCAGGCGAUGCAGGAAGACAGAGCGCCCUCUAGUGGCAACAGCACUAGGAGUGACAGCAGUGCUUGUGUGGAGGACACCCUGGGACAAGUUGGGGCUGUGAAGGUCAAGGAGGAACCAGUGGACAGUGACGAAGAUGCUCAGAUCCAGGAAAUGGAAUCUGGGGAGCAGGCUGCUUUUAUGCAACAGCCCUUCCUGGACCCCCAGCACACGCAUGCGCUCUCGGUGCGCCAAGCUCAGCUGGCUGCGGUUGGCGUGGACAGAUUAGAGAAACACCGUCUGGUCUCCAGGACUCAUUCCUCCCCUGCUGCCUCCGUUUUACCUCACCCAGCAAUGGACUGCCCCCUUCAGCCUGGCUCCGCAACUGGAAUUGCCUACGAUCCUCUGAUGCUGAAACACCAGUGUGUCUGUGGCAGUUCGACCACCCACCCCGAGCACGCUGGACGGAUACAGAGCAUCUGGUCACGGCUGCAAGAAACGGGGCUGCUAAAUAAAUGUGAGCGGAUUCAAGGUCGAAAAGCCAGCCUGGAGGAAAUACAGCUUGUUCAUUCUGAACAUCACUCACUAUUGUAUGGCACCAACCCCCUGGACGGACAGAAGCUGGACCCCAGGACACUCCUAGGUGACACUUCUGAAAAGUUUUUUUCUUCAUUACCUUGUGGCGGACUUGGGGUGGACAGUGACACCAUUUGGAAUGAGCUGCACUCGUCCGGGGCUGCACGCAUGGCUGUUGGCUGUGUCAUCGAGCUGGCUUCCAAAGUGGCCUCGGGAGAGCUGAAGAAUGGAUUUGCUGUUGUGAGGCCCCCAGGCCAUCACGCGGAAGAAUCCACAGCCAUGGGGUUCUGCUUUUUUAAUUCAGUUGCAAUUACCGCCAAAUACUUGAGAGACCAACUAAAUAUAAGCAAGAUAUUGAUUGUAGAUCUGGAUGUUCACCAUGGAAAUGGGACACAGCAGGCCUUUUAUGCUGACCCCAGCAUCCUGUAUAUUUCCCUCCAUCGCUAUGAUGAAGGGAACUUUUUCCCUGGCAGCGGAGCCCCAAAUGAGGUUGGAGCAGGCCUUGGGGAAGGAUACAACAUAAAUAUUGCCUGGACAGGUGGCCUUGAUCCCCCCAUGGGAGAUACUGAGUACCUUGAAGCAUUCAGGGCUGUAGUGACGCCUGUGGCCAAAGAGUUUAAUCCAGACAUGGUCCUAGUUUCCGCCGGAUUUGAUGCAUUAGAAGGCCACGCCCCUCCUCUGGGGGGAUACAAAGUGACAGCAAAAUGCUUUGGUCAUUUGACGAAGCAAUUGAUGACAUUGGCUGAUGGACGUGUGGUGUUGGCUCUAGAAGGAGGACAUGAUCUCACAGCCAUCUGUGAUGCAUCAGAAGCUUGUGUAAAUGCCCUUCUUGGAAAUGAGCUGGAGCCACUUGCAGAAGAUACUCUCCACCAAACCCCGAACAUGAAUGCCGUUAUUUCUUUACAGAAGAUCAUUGAAAUUCAAAGCAAGUACUGGAAGUCAGUAAGGAUGGCGGCUGUGCCAAGGGGCUGUGCUCCAGCAGGGCCUCAGUUGCAAGAGGAGACAGAGACCGUUUCUGCUCUGGCUUCCCUGACGGUGGAUGUGGAGCAGCCCUUCGCUCAAGAAGACAGCAGGUAUGGAUCCACUGUGGGCGAACCAUGCAGAAUCGCGGGUGAGCCUAUGGAAGAGGAGCCAGCCUUGUGAAGUGCCAAGUCCCCCACUCUCCCCACCCCCCGAUAUUUCCUGUGUGUGACAUCAUUGUGUAUCCCCCCCACCCCAGCACCCUCAGACAUGUCUUGUCUGCUGCCUGGGUGGCACAGAUUCGAUGGAAUAUAAACACCGGGCACAAAAUUCUGAACAGCAGCUUCACUUGUUCUUUGGAUGGACUUGAAAGGGCAUUAUAGAUUCCUUAAAUGUAACCACUGUGAUUCUAAAGUUACAGUAAACCACGAUUGGAAGAAACUGCUUCCAGCAUGCAUUUAAUAUGCUGGGUGACCCACUCACUCCCAGGCCCAAAGUAUGAACUAGAAACAGCCAAUACGGCAUUAGAUCUUGUUAAUUACAAACGCUAUCACAGCCAUUGAAAUUUGGGGCAAAACCUAGGAAAUACUUGUUCCUGACAUUCUAAUCAGUUUUUUUAUUGGAUGACUUUUUGUCAAACAGUCUCACAUUGUUUACAGGAUUUGCUUUCAGCUAUGAACGGAUAGCAAUUCCCGACAGAUCGCAGGGAUUUUGUUUUGUUUUGUUUUGUUUUGUUUCUCUUUUGGCCUUGGUUUUAACACAUGGCUCAACUCUUGCUAGUUACGAGUUCAAGAUGGAGGAAGUGGGCUGAGGCGUGUUCAGUGGAAUAAACCAUGCUACAUCUCAAAGUCCGAAUGCCAAAGGAACCUCAGACACUGUAUGCAAUGGUGCAAUAUUUCAUGUCACCUUUUUUUAAAUAGACCUUAUUUCCCUAACAUCUCCCUCCGUGUUCUUACACACAAGGGAGACUUGCAGCCGUAUUUGGGGGUGAGCUCUCCCCCCUCCCACCCCUUGCUCUGAUGGCAGUAGCUCUGGCAUAUGUUCCGUGCAGGAUUUCUAGCGUCUUUGAAAACGUUUCAAAGGUGGUCUUAAUCUGUUCCAAAUCUCUCAAGAAUUUAUUCUCUCAAUUCUCUUUUCCUGCCCUGCAUCACUUCUUUUU